UCCGGGGAUUACCCGUCGCUCAUUGGCCCCCGCGCGGACGGACGUCUUCUUGCUCCAAUGGGAAAGCGCGGCGCGUGGUCGUCGGGGCGCAGAUGCGCGCGGAGGAGCUCCGGUUCGUUUCUCCUCCAGGAUUUGGUUUUCGAGAGAUCCGCGCCGAGCAGCAGCAGCAGCAGCAGCAGCAGCAGCAGCAACCCACGCACGACCCACGAAAAAGAUGUCGUUUGCCCGCGACCAGCUCUACAACGGCUACCUGCGCACCAACAUGCCCACCAUCGUCACCAGAGUCAAAGUGCGCGAGAUCGUGGUCCACUUGCCCUGCCUGACGGCUCACGACCGGGAGACCAUCGAGGCCAAGCGCGAGACGUGCGGCAACUACGACGGGAUGGUCCAUCUGCUGGACUGCCUGAAGCGGCGCCAGAGCUGGCCCGAGCACUUCAUCCGAGCUCUGGAAAUGUGCGAGCACGGCGCCAUCGCCGCCGAGGUCCGCGCCGAGUACGACAGGCUCAGAGGCGCCGGCGAUUCCACCCGUGUCUCUCCUCCGACCACCCUGGCGAAUGCUCAAGUCCACCCAACCCCUCCCGGACCCGAGGCCGCCGCCGCCGCCACUUCCCCGCCUUCCCCUCCUCGAGCCGACCCCGAGCCGGAGGUCCCGGUUCCCGCGUCCGCGUCGCCGCCCGCGUCCCGACCUCCCCUCGCUACCGCCGCCCCCCCUGAGGCCACGCCCCCGCGAGGUGCGGAGGGACCGGAUCGGCAUCACCCGGAACCGGAGGAAAGCUCGGAAUCUGACAUGCUGGACGCCGAAGCGAUGGCCAAAGAUGUUCCGUCGGGUUGUGUCGCACCUCCUCUGCCCGAUCAAAAUCCAGAACCGUGCGACGCCACCGAAAGCCCGCCGGAAAGUUCCGUCCGGCCGGAUGCGACUGACGUCCCCCCGACGCCCGAGAAGCCCCCCGUUCAGGAAACCUCCCCGCCUCCGGAAAAAGUCGUCUCUGCCCCUGAUAUCCCGCCACCUGAUGAUAUUCCGGUGGCUCCGCCUACACAGGUGGUCGUGGAGAACCGCACGGCCACAGGAAGUCCACGCGCGAGCCCCGCCCCGCCCGAGGUUGCGUCGGCGUGCCAGGCCGCACCUCGCACACUCUCCAGCAUCGUGCCGCCGCAGGGUCCGAACCCCGACGCCGGCGGAUCGCCGACGGAGGCUUACUCGGGGGGCUCGGAGCGUCUGGAAAUGAGCAAGGAGGAGGAAGACGAGGGCGACGUGCGGGUGAACGUCGCCCACGUCUCCUGGCAGCCGCCCGUCCUCGACCUGGACGGCCAGCGCGUGCUCAACGGCGACGCCGGCAAGGAAGCCGCCUCCGCGCAGGAGCCCGAGCCCGACGAGCCGGCCCCUCGCGGCGCCCUGGCCGCCAACGCCAAGUACGUGGCGACGGCGGUGGGGGUGGGCGCCUGCGCGCUGUUGGUGGCGUGGAAGUUCAAGCACUGAAGAGGAGACCUUCCGCUUUUUUUUCCGGCACUUCAGUCUCACGCCACCAAACGUAAAAAUGUCUCAAAGGGGGCGGGGCUUUUCCGAGCACAACAACGAGGCGCUCUAAUGCUGCAACGGAAGCCCGAAGCCCCGAUCCACACGCAGUCAACUUAAGAACAUUUAAAAAAAAAAAAAAAAAAAGGAAUUUGUUCCCUCCUCGUCACUCCUCCUCUCUCUCCGACGCGAGCGGUGAACGUGAAAUUGUUUCAUUUUGUUUCGGGAAUUGCUGCCGUCUUACAGGUGCCUUCAUGUUAGGAAAGGAUGUGAUGGGGGGAAAAUGAAAAUAUUAUGCAAAGUCAGCACUUUGAAGAAACUAUUUUUUUUUUUAAUUUAUUUGAACAAAACAUUAUUGGAAUAUGCUGGAUACUCCAAGUAGGCACUGAAAGAGCACACUGUUAUCUUUAAACGCCACUUUUAAAUUUGUUUUUUUUUUUUUUUUUUUUUUUUAGAAUUACUCUUAGGCAAGGGUGGAUAAACAUUUUGCUUUUUAAAGAAAUUCAAAAUAUAGUUAAGAUGCGUGUACAGUUUAUUUUCGAAUACAGUAAAAAAACAAAGAUAUUUUAUUCACUUUGAAGCCAGACGGAAAUAAUCCGUUUCAGCGUCAAAUUUCCUGAAAUUGUACAAGCACUGUUUGAAAUCGCAUUUCCAACUAAUGUACGAGUGGAAAAAGAAGCCAACCACCUGGAAUACUAAAUGAUUGCAAUGGUCUGUUGUGGGGUCAAACUGUCGCCGUCGUAAAAUCGCGAUGAGUUUUUGACUGCCGUUAAAGUGGAAAAAGAAGCAGUACAAAAGUGAAAACUAUUUUAGUAGUUAUGUUGCUUACUGCUGAAUACAUGUACAAUAGAAUAUGUGCUAUUCUCUUGUAAAUAGUGAUG